GACCAAAACUCUCGUUCUCAAAAGGAAGUGUGGACAGACGUAUCGCGUACCUUUCAUAGGUACCACKGCGACACCACGCCCCGAUCCUCCUCCCCCGGAGCCUUCCGUGCCCACACUAUCUCCUUCUAUCAUUGUUACCUCGCCUCGGCAGUUCGCCCACUUCAUUCGACAGGACGACGUCACCUUCUUUAUGGUGAACAUAACGGAUCUCUUACACUAUGAUUCACCCUGUCCCGACGUCGAGCUCAUUCCUCUGGAGCCUGAUCCUCCUUCUAUCUCCAUGGCUCCCAUCUCUACUUCCUUCCCUCCGCCGUCCGUCGAUUCCACCCCGCCGUCGCUCGCUGACGCUGAAGCUGAGGAACUCGCACGCUAUACGGCCAACCCGGAGUCCGCAGUUCGUGACCUCAUUCGAGAGUACCACGACGUUUUCCCAUCGUCGUUCUCGUAUGCCGGCAUCCCACCGAUGCGUGACGUCGAGCACUCCAUCCAGCUCGUGCCUAACUAUCGUGUUCACCACCAGGUACCCUACAGACUCUCGAUCCCCGAGGCCACCGAACUCAAGCGUCAGCUUGAGGAGCUCCUGAGACUGGGUUUCAUUAAACCCAGCAACUCCCCGUGGGGUGCACCCAUCCUCUUUGCUCGCAAAGCGGAUGGAACUCUCCGUUUCUGCGUCGACUAUCGCGGCCUCAACCGCUACACAGUUAAGAACAGUUACAUCAUGCCUCAUUCCGACGAGCUGUUCGACCGCCUAGCAGGCAACCGCUUCUUUACGAAGAUUGAUCUUCGUAGCCGUUACCAUCAGAUCUGCGUUGCUGCAGCCGAUCAGCUGAAAACCGCGUUCCGAUCGCGAUUCGGCCACUACGAUUUCACCAAUGCACCCGCUACCUUUCAAAGGGCGAUGAACGACAUCUUCAGGGACAUCCUGGAGCAGUACGUUCUCGUCUACCUCGACGAUAUCCUGGUCUACAGUCGUACCCUUGAGGAGCGCCUCAGACACCUCCGCGACGUCCUUGACUGCUUGCGCAGACAUGGCUUCUACGCCAAGCUGAGCAAGUGCCGUUUUGCCCAGCACAAAGUGGAUUUCUUAGGACACUACGUGUCUGACCAGGGUCUCCACAUGGACGACGCGAAGAUCACUGCUAGUGCGGAGUGGCCCCUCCCCACAUCCGCCAAGCAGCUUUGCAACUUCCUAGGUCUCACCAGCUACUAUAGUAAUUUCGUCCAGGGCUACGCUAGUGCACGUGAGGUCGUCGACAUCGUGUUUGACCGAGUCGUGCGUGACCACGGCUUACCUCUGAGCAUCAUAUCUGACCGUGAUCUGCGCUUUACCAGCCGAUUCUAUCGACGGUUCCACGAGGUUUACGGCACCCAGCUCCGCUUCUCCUGGUCUUACCAUCCUCAGACUGAUGGUCAGACCGAGGUCAUGAAUAGGACUCUCGGAGAUAUUCUCCGAAAGAUUGUUCGUGACGACGAGCAGUGGGAUCUCCAUCUUGCCCACGCGGAAAUACCCUACAACCACGCCGUCUCACCAGCCACGGGGAUGUCGCCUUACUAUUGCGACCUCGGCUAUCACCCUCGUGUUCCCGUGGAUUUCCUUCGACCGUCACAGAUGCACCCCGACACCAGUUGUCCCGCGCUGGAUGAUUGGGUUUCACACGUGACGUUGCUCAUGAAGGCCGCACAUGAACACAUAGCCGCUUCCCAGACUCGCAUGGCGGCACGUGCGAACCGAUCGAGGAUGGAUCAUCCAUUCAAAGUCGGUGAUGAUGUGCUUAUCGACGUCCACCACUUACAGCUUGAAGCGGACACGCUUCGCAAGUUUCGGCGUCGCUUCUUUGGUCCAUGCCGCAUCCUCCAGGCCGUCGGUUCUGAUACGGCAUCUAGUCCAGUCAGCUUCCGUGUGAAGCUGCUCGACGACCUAUGCCAGGCUCGUGUGCACGAUGUCUACCACGUCUCGUUACUGCGCCCGUACCGCAGACCGUCUGAGCGUUUCGUCGGACGACCAUACGAGCGCCCUCCACCCAUCAUGGUGGACGACCACGAGGAGUUCCUUGUUUCAGACAUCAUUGGUCGCCGAGUCACCGACGACAACCCUCCCCACGUCGAGUAUCUCGUACGUUGGAAGCGUUACCCUGAUGAGGAGGCUACUUGGGAGCCCCUCGAGCACUUGCAGCAUGCUCGCAUGUUGGUGCGUGUCUAUGACCGUGCUCGUCGUGCUGGGUCAACUGCUCCCCCUCAGCCCACUGACCCCCCUCCUUCUCCCUCGGCUGAGGAGACCGCUGAAGUCAAGCCUGCCCCUUCUGAGGCAGACCUUCAGCAGCAGCCGGAUGCUACUGAGCGUCCAGAGCGCACUCAUCGUCGUCCUGCUUGAUACGACGAUUGACUCUAACUUACCUUCCCACGUCUUUGACUUCUCAGUACUCCAUCCACCCCAGUU